GGGACACCACGCAUGGCGUCCGGCUAUCGGCGAGUUACUGCGCGCGAUAGCAGCGUCGUCGAAUGCAAAUCAUUUCGAAAUUGCCAUGCAGACGCCAGAGUCGCAGGUCGAGUUGGGCAUGCCGCCAGCAGCCGCGCCGACCUUUCUCCAGCGUGCCAAGGAGUGGGCCAUUGGCCACAAGAAGAUUGUCGGGGCCCUUGGCGCCGUGGCCAUGAUUGGCACCGUCCUCGCGGUCGUGACCGCCAGCCCAAGCGUUGACAGUGCCACCGGCGUCUCGACCGGUGCGAACGGCGCCGGCAUUUGCUACGACUCGACGGAAAACCCUGCGGACCUCGAGCGCCACUUUGGCUUGAUCAAGCAAAAGUACUCGUCCGUGCGCACGUACCAAGUGACGUACGGGGGCAAGAACAUGAUUGACGUCGCCGCCGACGCCGGUCUCUCCAUCGCGGUCGGUGUCUGGAUCGAAGGCGGCAACUGGGACAAGGAGCUCCAGGCUGCGAUUGACGGCACGAAGCGCCAUCCCGGUAGCGUCAAGGCUAUCUACAUUGGCAACGAAGAGCUCCACAAGGGCUGGGGUGCCGGCGCUGUCGUCAACGCCAUCAACAAGGGCAAGUCUGCGAUCCGAGCCGCUGGUAUCAACGUGCCUGUCGGUACCGUCCAGAUCGACGGCGACUUCUUGCGCAACCCGCAGGUCGCCGACGCCUGCGACUCGAUCGGUGUCAACAUCUACCCGUUCUUCAGCGGCCCCGAGUCGAUUACCAACCCGAUGGGCGAUCUCAACGCGCGCUGGAGCGCAAUCACCAACAAGUGGGGCGGGAAAGCACGCAUCACCGAGACGGGCUGGCCCUCGGCCGGCGGCUCGUACAACGGCCACCACUCGACGUACGACAACGCCAAGAGCUACUUCGACAAGUUCAACGACUGGGCCGCCUCCAACGGCGGCGACACGACCUACUACUUUAUGUUCAAGGACGUGCCCAACAAGGGCGGCUACGAGACCAACUUCGGUGUCAUGGACGGCAAUGGCAACUGGAAGUACGGUGGCGCACCGGCGCCGCAGCCCCAGCCGUCCCCCUCACCGCAACCGCAGCCGUCUCCUUCGCCCUCGCCGCAACCGCAGCCGACUCCUUCGCCCUCGCCGCAACCGCAGCCGACUCCUUCGCCCUCGCCGCAACCGCAGCCGACUCCUUCGCCCUCGCCGCAACCGCAGCCGUCUCCUUCGCCGUCUCCCCAGCCGACCCCAUCGCCUUCCCCGUCGCCGCAGCCGACUCCGUCGCCAUCGACUGAGAAGCCCACCGAGAAGCCCACGGACGCACCGACGCCCAGCCCGACGCCUAGCCCGACCCCUAGCCCAACGCCAGAGCCGACGACGGCGACGCCGGAGCCUACCACUGUGACGCCUGAGCCGACGACAAUCGAAGUCGCCUUCAACAAUGGCUCGUCGUCCAGCAACAGCACGAUUCCAUCCAACAACUCGACGGGGUCGUCCAACUCGUCCUCCAAGUCCGAGGAAGAUGCGCUUCUUGGUACGCCGGUGACGCUUGUGCCGUCGUCGGGGAGUACGCCGGGUGGUGCCACGGGCGCAACGCCGGGUCCGGGUGCGACCAAAACCAGUGGCCAGGAGACGCUCAACCAGAACAACGCCAACACGGGUGCCGCCGACGAUUCGAACGGCAGCAAAUCGGCGGUGUCCUACGUCCUCGGUGGCAUGGCACUCGUCGGUGUUGCCGCCGUCACGGUCCUCGUCGUCAACAACCGCCGCAAGAACCGCCUCCUCGAAGAAGAGAAGGAUGUCUUUAUGUCGAACCGCGACGACAGCAUGAUGGCCGUGCUCCAGACGCGCAAGAGCGCCAUCGCGGUGUUGUAAACUCGUAUGUACUACGCGACUAACAUCACUUUUUGCCUUAAUUUACAAUCUUGAUUCAUUCCUUGUCCAAUA